AUGUUGUCUGCAGCAAAAGUCCGCAUCCAUGGGAUGCAGGAUGAGAAUUGGGUGAUAAAGGACAAGAUCAAUCAAUACAGAGGUCUCAUCAAAUUAUACGAACGUGACCGCAAGAUACAUGAGGGCGAUUUGGCGAAACAGAAAAAGCGAUAUUGCCGCGAUAUUCGACAACUACGCAAGGACAUUAAUACAAAACGAGAGGAAUUGGGUGUAGCCGUGUACGGCGAUAAGCAGUUUUUGAGAAAUGCAUUCCAAGAACACAGGCGCUUGCAGCUCACCUACAUGAACAGUCAAGCUGAUAAAGUAUUAGAGAGCAUUCAUCAAGAAAAUUUCAAUAAGAGAAAGCAGCUUGAUCGGAUUCGCUACACGAAAAAGAAAAAAAUGGAAAUGUUUCGGCUUACGCAGCUAGAGUCGGCGGAGUUAAGAGAUCGCCUCCUAUAUGAAGUGGGGGGUAAAUUGCCCGCUGAGAAAAAGGAACAAGCGGUAGCUAACUACGUACAACGUGCAAAUAUAAAAAAGAACGCGGCUUUAGCAAUAAAAGUCAUGUACAAGAAGAUUCUAGAUAUUCUUAAAAAGGACUCCUCAUACUUCACGGUAGUUUUGGAAGCGCUGAAACUCGACUGCAGGGCUCAAGGGAAAUGUUUAAUGGGCGCUACGGAGAUGGGACAGCUCGCUAUGGAGUAUCUUGACGAUAGAAAAUUUGAGUUUAGCAAACUGGAGAAGGAGAUUAAAACAAACAUGAAAGAGAGAGAAAGAACGCUGAAGUUGGUCCGGCGUGAAGUAGCUUAUUUGACGGAUUCCUUCCCCAACCUAAUUAGAAAAGAGGAAGCGACAAAUUUAGACGACCUUUACGAAGACGAAGACGCUGGAAGCAAACACUCAGUGCAUUGGGAAUUGGAGGAGGUUAUGGGAAUUUGCAAACGUUUACAAAAAGCCACCCUUGUUCCAUCGUUUGACAAAAUUCUUUUAAGAUUGAAAGAACAGCAUUAUCAGACGGAACGGCUAAUGAUGCAAUUGACUUUGAAUGGAACGAAGAGGGACGCCCUUAUUGAAGACCGAAAACACGCCAUGUUGAUGCUUGAUUCAUUGAAGAAUGUGGGACAGGAGAAAACGGCAAUGUAUAUUAAUGAAAAGAAACAGCUUAAGGCAGAGUUUGAAGCCGAAGAUAGGGAGGGGCGUAAUUUGACGAAGGCUUUAAACGAGAAGGGUCAGCUGAUAAUCGAAAUGAAGACAUCGUUACAGCAAAUCAAUCAACUUUUAUCAAGCGUUGGUGCUUCGAACGCGCCUCGACCGUUCCGUGCCGUGCCACCGGCAAUCCAAUAUGCAUUUGACGAUAUGGUUCAACCCGUACCAGAAGUCGAGGCUGAUUUCGAUAAACUAAUACUGACCGCUCGCCAAAAGCUCAAUGUGCUCAUACAAGCCAUUUCUAAGAUGGAGGUUACAAGUGAAGUGCGAGCUAACGCCAACUUGUUUUACCACAACAUUCUGGCAAGGACCAUGCGAGACAAUUACAAAGACGAAGUUGUCGCCGAAGGAGGUUUAAUUGAGUUUGAAAUGGAAGAUCCCAACGUUCCCAGUCAUGCUGUUAUUAAACUAAGAAGUAAGCAACUGGUGGAAGCUCAAGUGAGCGAAUUUGAUGUACCUGAUGUACCAGCGAAGAAGUGAUUGGAAUUACCGAUUGCUAUUUAUAUAGUUCUUUCUAGACAAAAGCAUACGUGAAAUUGUAUGAUUAGUUUUUGGUUGGUUUGUAGAUUGGUUAGAUCAUGGUCAAUAUACGUCAGUACAUAAGUAUAUUGUAUCUUAUA